AUGCAUAAGUUAAUUCUAGCAUUCAUCACAUUAGCCACAAUUAUCACAGCUAGAGCUGGUAAUCAAGAUGAAGACACAUUACCACUUUAUCCCAUCAAAGUUGUUGGUAACAAAUUUUACAACAGUGGAACCAACGAGCAAUUUUUUAUUAAAGGUAUUGCAUAUCAAAAGUCUCGUGAAGAAGGUGAAGUCUUUGAUACAACCACUGAAACCAACUACAUCGAUCCGUUGGCCAAUCCAUUUACCUGUUUACGUGAUUUACAAUAUUUGAAAGAACUCGGUGUCAAUGUUGUGCGAAUUUAUCAAAUAAAUCCAAAUGCCAAUCAUGAUGUUUGUAUGGAGGCGUUUGCUGAAGCUGGGAUUUAUGUCUUGGCUGACUUGUCAGAACCUUAUGUUUCUAUCAGAAGGGACUUUCCUAGAUGGGAUACAGAGCUCAUGGGUCGUUAUCAAUCUGUGGUUGAUGCUUUGCAAAAAUAUGAUAAUGUGUUGGGAUUUUUUGCUGGUAAUGAAGUUGCUAAUUCUCAACUGAAUAUCGAUGCAGUUCCAUUUGUUAGAAGUGCUGUUAGGGAUGUUAAGCAGUACAUUCAUGAGCAAGAAUACAGAAAGAUCCCAGUUGGUUAUGCUUCCAACGAUGAUGCCUCAAUCCGAGCAAAUUUGGCCAAUUAUUUUGUAUGUGAUUUAGAUGACGAAUAUUCACAAUCUGAUUUCUUUGCCAUAAAUGUGUACGAGUGGUGUGGAUAUUCCACUUACAUGACUUCGGGAUACCGUGAGUUGACUGCAGUUUUUGCAAACUAUCCUGCACCGGUUUUUUUUAGUGAAUUUGGUUGCAAUAUUAUAACUCCUCGCCCAUUCACUGAGGUUGAAACAUUAUUUGGAUCAACAAUGAGGAAGACAUGGUCAGGAGGUAUUGCGUACGAAUAUUUUGAAGAAGUGAACCAUUACGGGGUGGUGCAGAAUAAAAAAGAUGGUACAAUUGUCAAGUUGCCUGAUUUCGAAACAUUGAAAACGAGGUUCAAUGCGAUAAAUCCUAUCGGCGUACCGAUUGAUGAAGUAGAGGGUCGCCCUGGAUUGACAUGCGAUAUGCCAUCAGACAUUUGGAAAGUAUCGUUUGAGCUACCACCAACUCCUGAUAUUGGCAAGUGUGAAUGUUUGUGGCAAUCGUUGUCAUGUGUUGUGGUUGAUACGGGGUCGUUUGAUGAAGAAAGUUUACUCAAGGACCUUUGCUUCAAAGUAGAUUGCGAUGAGAUAAAUGCCAAUGGAAGAUUGGGCAAAUAUGGUAAAUAUAGCGACUGCAAUCCUAUGAUAAGAGUAUCGUAUGCAUUGAAUAAAUACUAUGAACAAACUGGUAGAAGAAAAGAAAUAUGCACAUUUCAAGCUAGAGGUGAAAUUGCAAGAGUUUCGGUUGAUUUGAGUACAAAGUUCUCCACAGAUGGACGAAAUUGUCAGACCUUAUUGGAUUCGACCAAUCGUAAAAGAACACCUGAAAUCUUUGAACCAAAACCUGAUAUUGAGGAAGUAAAUGGCAUCAAUGAGGAAGAGGAUGGUGAAAAGCUGACCGAGCCACCGAAGGAUCAAAAAAAGUCAAAACCCAAUAAGUCAAAGAAGGAACUGAGCAGCAACAAAUACAAAACCAUCAAAACACCACACAAAAAACAAACAUCAAAUGUAUCUGCAUUAUCUCCACCAUUCAAAUACUUACUCGUUUUUAUAUCUAGUCUUUUUUAG